CAACCCAGUUCAACAUCGACAGCCUGGGGCGCCGACCAAGGAGCCAAUGGCGCCAUGGCGCACUGGCUGAUUAUUUUCUGCGCAGUGCACCUGGCGAGCAGCUUUCAAUGCGACCCAGCUUUGAACGACACGCUGAAAGCACGUCGCGCAUUACACAGAUGCGAACGGUUCCUGGCUGCGCAGUGCCACGGGCAGAACAGGCUGGUGGAGAUACCUGGGACAUGUCCGCAGCCCAACGUCGGCAUGCCGCCGCCGGCGACAUCCUUAUUCCCAGGCACAGAGGCCACGGAGCUGGGCUGCAUCACCAGGUCCUCACGCCUCGGCCGCGCCUUGUGGUGCCUGGCGCGGGCCACCAAAAGCGCCCUGGAGCUCUUCACAGGCAUCGGUGCAGGCUCCAGCCUGCUGCUAGCACAUGCCUUGACGGCGGAGAAGCCUACGCUCGGGCGCUUCUACACGGUGGACAGGGAGUUGGGCAACGCCGUGCACGCCCAGGAGGUGAUGAGGGUCUUUGGGCUACCGGCGCAGGUGCUUCGGCUGCAGGGCCCACAAGGUCUGGAUGAGCUAACGGCUUCGGUCGUGCAGAAGCCUGGCAAUUGGAUCCUGCAGGGCGAUGUCUUUAAGCAUCCCGAGCUGAUCCAAGCACUCUGCUACGUGACGGGCGGGAUGGAUCUCAUUAUGCUGGACCCACCAACAGUGGACUUCCGCCAUACCUGGUCUGCUCCUAUGCCGCCUGGGGUGUUUCAAUUGAACUCACCACGUGGGUGGCUUUGAUCCUGGCAAACUCACAUGUUGUUUGGGGGGGGUGCUGCGUCACGCACAGACCCAUCCCCACUUCAAGCGAGCUCAUCCAAAAAUGGACCGGAGAUUGUCAUGCAUCCGGACGGGGCGGGUGAAGCAUGUUCGGAUUGCUUGGAAUGGGGCUUCAACAGUUUCUGCGAGCAUUUGGCAGGCAUCACAUGAAUGACACAGUUGACACUGGUUGACAUCGCUGCUCAGAGUGGCGGAGAGGGCGCUGAAACUUUCCCAGGUUAUGGAGAGAGCGUGUCGGCCAAAGUUCUUGGUGGUGCACAACACCAACUUGCCUGGACAUGCUGGAUGGUUGCCUAGUUUUUUAAAACGGCAAGGAGGAUGGUAUGAGAUGAUGAAUGGAUCUCACCCAUCCGUUUGGGAAACCGGUGUUCGCUCGUGGUCCUUGACGGGGCGCUGCUGGUGAUCCUGGAGUGACAUUAGCUUGCUGCACCUGCGGCUCAACGUCGUUUGUCAGCAAGGUGACUUGCUUACUUCACAUUGUCCACAGAGCAAAUGUUGGUCAAGCUCCGGGCACAACUGGCCCACUUUGACAAAAAACAUGUGAUACAGUGGAUUCCUCCAAGGUCAAGAUCAUGUGAAUAGUUGUGCUUCAACUUGUAUGGUUCUCGAUUCAAACAUAUUGUGUUUAUAGAUUCGAAA